CCAAUGGAUCAAUCAAAGUCAUUUUCUUUAGUGUCUAGAACAUUCUCUCCUCCAAGUUGAACCCAAUGGCUCUUCCUUCCCCACUCUUUAAAUAGCCCACCACCCUUCUUUUCUAAUCAAAUUUCUUCUUUCACCUGUGAUCCAAUAUAACUUACCCAAAGUUGAAAAAGGAGAGAGAAAGAGCAAUGGAAGGAGGGAACCAGGAUAUCAGAUGGGAAGGCUAUGUGAAUUGGAGGAAUAGACCAGCUUUAAGGGGCAGACAAGGUGGCAUGCUUGCUGCCUCGUUUGUCUUGGUUGUGGAAGUGCUGGAGAACCUAGCGUACUUGGCAAAUGCCAGCAACCUGGUGCUGUAUCUGUCAAAAUACAUGCACUUAUCUCCAUCCAAAUCGGCAAACAAUGUCACCAAUUUCAUGGGAACAGCCUUCCUUCUGGCUCUGCUUGGAGGCUUCUUAUCUGACGCUUUCUUCACUACUUAUCACAUCUAUCUGAUAAGCGCACUCAUCGAAUUUCUGGGUCUGGUCAUUCUUACCAUUCAAGCUCGGACACCUUCCCUAAAGCCUCCAGAAUGCAAUUCGUCCACCACGUCCAUUCCAUGCCAAGAAGUUGGUGGUGGGAAAGCAGCUAUGCUGUUCAUAGGCCUUUUUCUUGUGGCACUUGGUGUUGGAGGGAUAAAGGGGUCUUUACCAACACAUGGCGCUGAGCAGUUUGAUGAGAACACCCCACAGGGAAGGGAGCAAAGAUCAACCUUCUUCAACUACUUUGUGUUCUGUCUCUCAUGUGGUGGCCUUAUUGCGGUCACAAUGGUUGUGUGGAUUGAAGAUAAUAAGGGAUGGGAAUGGGGUUUUGCCAUCGCCACAAUUGCAAUCUUGUUAUCAAUCCCAAUUUUCCUUGCAGGCUCAACAUUUUACAGGAAUAAAAUACCCUUUGGCAGCCCACUUACAACCAUUUUCAAGGUUUUGGUUGCUGCUAUGUUGAACGGUUGCAUGAGUAGGAGUCCAAGCAAUGCCAUUGCGAACCUGGCUACCAGCCCUUCUUAUCAAACUGAAACCAGCAUGGAAGCAGAAGAAAAUACCAAACAAAGUGAGCAGCAGGAUCAAAUUCCAACAGAAAGCCUCAAAUUCCUAAACAGGGCUGUGAUGAAUAAGCCAGCUCACUCAGCACUUGAAUGCUCAGUGCAGCAAGUAGAGGAAGUCAAGAUUGUGCUAAAAAUCCUUCCCAUAUUUGCUUGCACCAUUGUUCUCAACUGCUGCCUGGCUCAGCUCUCCACAUUUUCUGUUGAACAAUCUGCUACCAUGAACACUAAGCUUGGUUCAUUGAAAAUACCACCAGCCUCCCUACCAGUUUUUCCUGUGGUCUUCAUCAUGAUCCUAGCCCCAGUUUAUGAUCACUUCAUUAUCCCAUUUGCUCGGAGAGUAACUAAAACCGAGAUGGGCAUCACUCAUUUGCAACGAAUCGGAAUUGGUUUGUUUCUUUCCAUAGUAUCCAUGGCAGUGGCAGCUCUUGUUGAAAUUAAGAGAAAGAGAGUGGUAACUGACUCAGGGCUACUAGACUCAACCAAUCCAUUACCCAUUACAUUUUUCUGGAUUGCUUUCCAGUAUUUGUUCCUGGGGUCAGCAGAUCUUUUCACCUUGGCAGGGUUAUUAGAAUUUUUCUUCACUGAGGCGCCCUCAAGCAUGAGAUCGUUGGCUACAUCUCUUUCCUGGGCUUCGCUGGCAAUGGGGUAUUAUUUAAGCUCGGUAAUUGUAUCAAUAGUAAAUAAUGUGACAGAUAACUUAGGCCACAAGCCAUGGCUCUCAGGUCUUACAAUAAAUCGCUAUCAUCUGGAGAGAUUCUACUGGCUUAUGUGCGUGCUCAGCGCAUUGAAUUUCUUGCAUUACCUUUUCUGGGCCAUGCGCUACAGAUACAGAUCAGUAGGAGCUACUAAGUAAAAUAAACCAGGGGCAAAUUCUGAAUUCUUAUGUGAAAAGAUUACCGUGAAGGAGAAAGUCUUCGGUUGCUUUGUAUCAAGUUAAUGUAUAAUUUUGGAAGAGAGAAUUCAGGCCAAUGCAAAAUCCAGCCCCUAUGCUAUCCAAUUUGGCAAUGGCAUAAAAGCCAGAUUUAGUGCUUAUCAGAUAUUGUUGAUAAGCCUGUAAAUAGGGUAUGUAAAACAGGGGGUUCAAGAAUGUUGGCUACUGUAUCAGAUAUUUUAGCUUUCCUCUUGAGCUUUGUAUUUACUGCUCUUAUUUUUAGCUUGUUCUUGUUUCUUUCCUUUUUCUUGGUUCUGUACUUCUGUUAACCUUUUUUUUUUUUUAAUUUGGUCUUGA